UUUAAGUAGUUAAAAUAUUAUAUAUUAGCAUUAAGAAAAUACAUUUAAUACAAAUUUUAAAUGAUGAUCCAAAUAAAAAUAUCACACAUGAAUAAAUGUGAAUUUGUUAACCAAUCUGGAUUUUUAGGAGUCGAUGUUAUAUUAAGAAUGAUAUAUUAUUAAUCCAUAUUAUUAGUACUAAAUGAAUGAUAACUGAUUUCUAGUGAGGGUCUAUUUUUAAAAAAAUCACACAUGAAUUAAAGUUGUGACUUCUGUUUUAAUAUAUAAGAUGUUCCACGCCGAAGAUCACACCAUCGUUACAUUACAAUCCAUCCGAAGGACCCCUAUAAAAUUAAAGGGAGUCAAAGAAAAGGAGAUCCGAAUUCUUCCAUAACUAAAUUAUGCUUGUUUGAUAUUCAUACUCUAUUGUUGUCAAGCACUCCAUGUACUCGCUAUCAAAUCAUCAAUAAAACAAAUAUUUUCCAUAAUUGAUCAUAGUUUAGUCUUUCUUUUUUUAGCUUACCGUAUUUCUGAGUGAGUUUUAUGAUUCAUCAACAACCGUACCCAUAGACACGGCCAUAUUUCUGAGUGAGUUUUAUGAUUCAUCAACAACCGUAUCCGUAGACACGGCCGAUUAUCUUUGUAUGCAUCCCAUAUUCCCAUGUCUCUAUUUCUUGCAACUUAUUACAGACCUUUAGUAGCUUUUUUUGAAACACAGACCUUUAGUAGCUUACAGUGACUUAUUAGGUAUAAACAGAUCUAUACAUAUGUAACAUGUACAUAAAUCAUAAUGUAAUACCUACUAAGCUCUACUUGUACAGUUGUACUUGACAUAAAACAUUGGUUAAUUUUACGUAUGAAUGAGGAAAGAAAGUCAACUUUUCCGCUAUAUUUAGAAAAGUCUGCCUUUUUCAAGUGACUUGAAACCGUUUUAUAAUUUACAACAACAGAAACGUAACGUAUUAUAACUUGAAUUCAAAAAGGGAGAAAAAAACAGGUAUUGGAUAAGAAGAGCAAAUACAAUGCAUUCAAGAAACAUAUUUUACAUAAAAAUCAACCAUAUAUAAUCAUUUUUCUUCAAUAAGAUAAUACAAGUGAUGAAGAUCUUACGUUUACGUUUCCAUUAGUGACCCUGUAUUCAACUUUCUUCCACUUGUUAACAUUUGCAAUACAUGUUUAGAUGUAUAUAAAAUGUAAUAUAAAGCUGGACAGAUGCGACUCAAUCCCUGCUAUCCCUUUCAUGAGUACUAUUCCUCUGUAAUAAAUGUUUAGAAAAGAAAUUUUAGAAAAGAAAUUUCAAAGUCUUUAACCAAAAGAAUAAGAAAAUUCAAAGUCAACCGAUAUGACGACACAAGAGUCGAUUUCAAAUUUAUUUUUCUCACUAGAUUUUUUUUUAUAAGCUAAAAUCCUAAUAGAGACAUAUGACAUAUCUAUCGAGAGAGAAAAAUGAAGGAUACAAUCUCUGUUUUGUGUCUUGUUCUUUUGGUUUCGGUUUUAGAAGUAGCAAUAGCAAAACCGAACUCUGCAAACUUUAUCGAAUGCCUUCACUAUCGGACUAGUCCGAAUAAUCCAGUCACCGAUGCCAUCUUCACCCCCGAUAACACCACCACCUUCUUGUCUUCUUACUUGUCCUACACGAAAAACAAGAGGUACUCGAGCCCUAACCAAAACCUACUAGCCAUCGUGGUGGCAGAACAUGUAUCUCAUGUUCAAGCCACCGUGGUCUGCGCAAAGACCAACGGUAUACAACUCCGUACCCGAAGUGGCGGUCAUGACCUCGAAGCCCUUUCUUACAUAUCCUCUGUUCCAUUUGUCAUUCUUGAUAUGCACAAUCUUAGGUCAAUUACCAUUGACGUGUCACGCAAGAAAGCUUGGGUUCAAGCUGGUGCCACCUUGGGAGAGCUCUACGUAAAGAUCAAAGACGCAAGCAAAACGCUAGCGUUCCCAGCUGGCGUGUGCCCUACGGUAGGAGCAGGAGGGCACAUAAGCGGUGGAGGGUACGGUAAUCUCAUAAGAAAAUAUGGAAUCACUGUGGAUCAUGUCGUUGAUGCUCUAUUAGUUGAUGUCAACGGCAAGCUCUUGAACCGAGCUACCAUGGGAGAAGAUCUCUUUUGGGCUAUUCGUGGAGGUGGGGGUGCGAGCUUCGGAGUUAUCCUCUCUUGGAAAAUUAACCUCGUGGAAGUUCCAAAGAUCAUGACAGUGUUUAGGGUUAACAAAACAUUGGAACAAGGAGGCACUGAUGUUCUCUACAAGUGGCAGCUUGUCUCCACCAAGUUCCCUGAAGAUCUUUUCAUUAGAGCAUGGCCUCAGGUCGUAAACGGAACAAAACAUGGCGAGAGAACCAUCGCGGUUGUGUUCUACGCUCAGUUCUUGGGUCGAGCCGACAAGCUGAUGGCGUUACUAAACAAGAACUUGCCUGGGUUAGGGCUAAAACGUGAAGAUUGUCACGAAAUGAGCUGGUUCGAAACGACGCUGUUUUGGGCUGAUUACCCUGAAGGAACACCACCGAGCGUUCUUCUAGAAAGACCUACGAAUCCAGGAUUCUUCAAAAGCAAAUCUGAUUACGUCAAGAAACCUAUCCCUAAAGAAGGGUUCGAGAAGCUCUGGAAAAAAAUGUUUGAAUUCAAACACACUGUGUGGAUGCAAAUGAACACUUACGGUGGAGUGAUGGACAGGAUUCCGGCCAACGCCACGGCGUAUCCUCAUCGGAAAGGAAACAUGUUCAAGGUUCAAUACUCUGCGACAUGGUUGGACGCAAGCGAAACAGAGACUACCCUUAGACUGAUGAGGGAGCUAUAUGAGGUUGCGGAACCGUAUGUCUCAAGUAACCCGAGAGAGGCGUUUUUUAAUUACAGAGAUAUUGAUAUUGGAAGCAAUCCUAGUGGUGAGACAGACGUGGAUGAAGCUAAGAUCUAUGGUACCAAGUAUUUCUUGGGGAAUUUGAAGAGAUUGAUGCAAGUAAAAGCAAAGUACGAUCCUGAGAAUUUCUUUAAGAACGAGCAGAGUAUUCCUCCUGUUCGGUUCAUGUAGUAUAAUGUUGAUUACUCUUCCAUCAUAUAGAUACUUAUCAACAAUAAUAAGUUGUGUUCUCAAGAGAAGAAAAUAAUAAUAAGUUACGUGGGCAUUGUUAAUGAACAAAACUGUUCACUCUAAGGUUUUGAACAUUUAAAUU